CAGCACUGCAGGUAAUCACUCCCUUCCAUCGAUCGUCCUGCUGCAUGUUUGCCAUGAAAUUGUACGCGCCCCGGAUUUUGAAGGAGAAAACGUCAUGUACGUCCUCCCGUUUUAACCAGAUUUCGUUCCCGAGUUUGGUGGACAGGUUCCGGGCAUGCACCAGCGGGGUUUCUUUUACAAUGUCGUAGACCUUCGACGUCAGUAUAAGUCGCAAGUAGUCGGGUUCAUCGGACAACAUCGGAUGGACAAUAUUGGAAUGAGUAGAUGAUUUGAAGAGCGCUGGUGAGCUCGUGUUUUGCAUGAUGGUAAUAAAUAGGGAUAAUUUGCUGCGAGAGACGGAUCAAUAUUCCAGUGCGGCGUGAUCGAUCAUUAGGCUGGCGUAGCACGUGACGCUUUUCGAUCCCAAGGCCUGAGGCCGGACUUGGAGGGUGUCGUAGUUGUUGUUUCUGGCCACCACAUCACAUCUGGCCCUCGCACCAUUAUCAUGGCUCCUCAAUCCCCCACGUCCCGCCGGCGCUCAAAUCGUCCAUUCUCAUCACCCGCGGUUUCGAAGUCUCCAGACUCCGAACCUAGGGACUCACGCCCCAAGCGUCUCAAGCAGGAGGACAUCGAUGCACCUGUCGAUGCUGCCUCUUCGACCAGCUCCGCCUCCAAUGGGAGAUCGGUGAAGCGGAAGUCGAGCACCCGGGACAAGGACAAGGACAAGUUCGACAAGGACCGCAUGCGCUCCGACGAUGCCCCCAUGGACGACUCUGUGGAUGGUGUACAAGGCGCAGCCGAAGAGGAGGAUAAUGGAGUUACGCGAUGCAUUUGCGGUAGAGAGGACGACCCAGACGCGGGAGAGUUUAUGGUGCAGUGCGAGACGUGCAAAGUCUGGCAACACGGCCUUUGCAUGGGCUACGACUCCGAAGCUCAGCUUCACGACGAUGACUACUACUGUGAGCAAUGUCGGCCAGACUUUCAUAGCGACCAUCUUCGGAAGUCACGUCGAAAGCCCCGCCAAUCCUCAGCUGCAUCCCAUAAUGCUCCUGCUCGCCAAUCUCGCUCUCACUCCCCCUCCCUUCACAAGCAGCCUUCCAAACGGCGCAACACUAUGAACAGUCGCGAUGCCGCAUUCGACGAGAACCUGAAGGAGAUUCUCGAAACGACCGCUGCUGAAGCCGGGACGAUUCCUGAAUCGGCCUCCGUUGGCAGCGCCAUGGUUCAAGGGGAUGCAGAAGAAGACAUGGAGAAUGGGGUGUCUAACCGAAAGAAACGAAAGCGGAUUGAAGAUGACGCACCGGUUAAAAAGAGGACGAGAUCAGCCUCCGAGGUCUCUGAUCACAGAGUGGCAUCGGCUGUGCCACGGGACGAAUCACCACCACCUGCUCCCAUUUCUAAAGCGAUGUCGGCUCCGAAAUCCAAUGCACGUCGUCGCGGUGGGCGGAAAGCAGUCGUUCAAGAGCUCCCAGUCGUGUCGAUGGAAGGCGAAGAGGCUAUGCUGGUUCAGCCAACGAAACGCGGUGGACGCGCCAAGGGCGCGAGUGCUGGAAAGCGGGGCACGACAACAGCAGCCGUUGCCAGUGCUGGGAACGGUGACGCUCGCAGAGGACAUGUCACUGCUGUGACACCUGUCAAUGAGGCUUCGCGUGCUUAUCGCAACUCUCAUGCGUUCGCGGUGUCGCAGCAGCCUAUGUUCACCUCGUGGGGUCUGCCCGACUACCUUGCGCAUCUGGAGGCGAUUCUCCCAACAAAUGCGCCUCAACCUUUGGAAGUCAUGGCCGGUGGCGGAUCGGCCGCGAGCCGCGCAGGCAGUUUGGAACGGACCAUGGAGAGAGGUGUCAAGGUCAAAUGGCCUGCCAAGCGGAUGAGUGUCGGCGAUAUGAACAAGCGCGUCCGGGCUCUCGUCGAAUGGGUUGGGCGAGAACAGGUCAGCGCAUCAGAUCGCGCGAAACGCAAAGAAGCUCUGGAGAAGGCAUUGGAAGACGGAAUGAACAAGUAUCCUGGCAGCGCCGAAAAUGGACUUGCUCCGAACAACUCGAUGGCUCUGGACUCGUCCACAAAAAACAUGGCCAUCCCAAAGUGCGACCCCACGCAAGCCUCAAAUGCGAUGAAAAUGAUGGAGGAACUAAUGGAGGAGCUGAUCAAAUUUCAGGAGCGCUUUGGACCGGGUGCCAGGCGGAGAGUAGGAUGAACCAUGAUACACACAUACCGUCUCGCCGAUUCUUUAUUGACCUCGUUUAUUAUCGUUGUACUAGCAGCUUUCUGUAUUUUUUGCAUACAUAAUGUUUACUCCCUCUUGAUACCAUACCACUACCUUCAAUGCUAUGGCUGCUGCUUCUAGUCUGCUUACUCGCGUACCGCAUCGCUCGGGUUUUCGUUAGAAGACAACAUUCUUCAGGUCACAGGCAGACCAAAGCCGUCGCCGUAUUCCUUGGCUCAGGCGGACACACGGGCGAAGCUUUGGCCAUGCUUUCUGCGCUGGACUUUGCUCGCUAUACGCCGAGAACAUAUCUCGUCAGCGAAGGAGAUGUUUUUAGUUCCCAGAAGGCUAUAGACCUUGAACUUGUGAAAGCAACUGCUGCAUGUCCCCCUCAAUACUCAAUCAUCACUAUUCCUCGAGCGCGGCGUGUUCACCAACCCCUCAUUACAACGCCUCCGACUGCUUUGUACUCGUUGCUCUUUUGCAUCUAUCAUAUAACCUGGGCACAAGUAGCUGGUCUCUCUCAAUCCCAAAGUCGAUUUGCCGACGUGCUCAUCUUAAACGGGCCCGGAACGUGCUGCGUUUUGUGUUUCGCAGUGCUUCUCAACAAGUUUCUGGGACUGGCAGCACCCCAGACACUUUAUGUCGAAUCCUUUGCCCGUGUGCAGUCGCUUUCAUUGUCCGGUUCACUUCUAUACCCAUUUGUGGACAGAUUCAUAGUCCAAUGGCCAGAACUG